ACUCACGAACAAUGUAGUUAAACGGCGCGCGAGAGGUUCAGUUUUUUGUUUAUCACGCAGGGAGGAAGAAAUAAGUGAAAACAAACCUUUUUCAUUCAUCAUGGCGAAUAAUCAGCCGGUGUUCCUGUCCGUUUAAAGUGAGAUUUAGAUCCGUGUGGAGAGCAGAGAACCAGUAGACACCCGCUGAAAGAUGUCAGAUGUUUGCACCUCUGAGUCUGCUGGGGCUAUAAAGGCCAUUGACCGUCACUCAGUCCAUCAGAUCUGCUCAGGACAAGUAGUUCUGAGUUUGGCCACAGCUGUCAAAGAGUUGGUGGAGAACAGCAUAGAUGCAGGAGCCACCAAUGUUGAGGUCAAGCUGAAGGAGUGUGGCGCUGAACAAAUCGAAGUAUCAGACAACGGCAGAGGGGUUGAAGAAGCAAACUUUGAAGGACUGACUCUAAAGCAUCACACAUCAAAGCUGAGAGAUUUCUCCGAUCUGAUCCAUGUGGAAACAUUUGGCUUUCGAGGUGAAGCCCUGAGCUCUCUGUGUGCACUAAGUGACCUGAGUGUGAUUACAUGCCAUCAGUCCAGCCAAGUAGGCACCAAACUGGUGUUUGACCACAAAGGCCAUCUUGUGCAGCAGUCGCCCUGUCCCAGGCAGCCAGGCACCACCGUCACUCUGCAGCAGCUCUUCUACACUCUGCCUGUUAGACACAAGGAGUUCCAGCGUAACAUCAAGAAGGAGUACGCCAAAAUGAUCCACGUCCUGCAGGCCUACUGCAUCAUCUCCACAGGAGUGCGUAUCACCUGCUCAAACCAAAAUGGGCAGGGGAAGCGUAGCACUGUCCUCAGCACCAGCGCCAGCCAAAGUAUGAGAGAUAACAUCGGCGCCAUAUUCGGACCAAAGCAGCUUCAGAGUCUUCUUCCUUUCCACCAAGUAUCUGCUGCAGAGAACAUUCUGGAGGAAUACGGACUUAAAGCCGGAGAUUUACCCACACCGACUUUUUCAAUCACAGGCUUCGUGUCUGCCGGGGACCACGGCGUUGGGCGGAGCGUCUCAGACAGGCAGUUCUUCUUCAUCAACAGCCGCCCAUGUGACCCCAUUAAGGUCAGCAAACUUGUGAAUGAAGUCUACCACAUGUAUAACAGACAUCAGUAUCCAUUUGUUGCUCUCAACAUAGCUGUGGCCUCAGACUGUGUGGAUGUGAAUGUAACCCCUGAUAAACGACAAAUCUUCCUUCAAGAGGAGAAACUCCUACUUGCCAUCCUAAAGACUUCCCUCAUCGCUAUGUAUGAAGCUGGAGUUAAUAAGAUCAGUCUGAACUGUGCACCAACUCAGAUGGUUGCAGCUGCAUCUAAAGAAGAAAACAAGGAAGAACCAGCAGAGAGUGACCAACCUGUGGCUCCCAGUUCAAAGUCAACCAUGAACCUGGCUGCCCUCAAAGCUGCUUUUUCAAACCAGAACAGUUCCCCCUGUGGGAGUAAGGCGGGGACUGAAAAAGCGUCUGGUAGUGGGCUGAGCCAGAGGACGCUGCAGUCUUUCUUUAAAGAUCCUGUUAAAUCUGCCAGCACCACCCUGUGUAUGAAGUCACCUUUACAGCCCAGAACAGAUGCAGCUAAACGCAGCACAGGGGGGAGGUCUGUGCUCGAUGCGUUUAGGUAUGGAGGGACAUGGAACCAGGAUAAACCGGAUAAUGAGGGAGACCAGGCUGAGCCCACUGGUGACAGUGCAGAACAGUCUCCAUGUACAGAGUACUCCGAAGUCACUGGACCGGUUGUUGAAAGUGUAGAAAAUGACUCGUCAGUCAGCCAAAACGAAGCUGAGGACCUGGAUCUACAAACUAAAGCAGGUUCAGCUACGGAGGACUCCAUGAUUAGCCCGGAAGCUAAAAAGCCCAGAACAGAUUCUCCACUUCUCAAGGUGGAACAAAGUUCUGAAAACCUUUCAGAUACACCUCCUUCUACAGUGGACGUCCCUGUCUCUCUGCAGAGGAAGGCGGUGCCUUUGCGUUUCUCACUGCAAGACCUGACGGCUAGCAUGAAGAGGCUGCAGGAACAGCAGAGACAGAGAGCUGGAGAGAAGCUGCACUACAGGCGCUUCAGGGCCAAGAUCAACCCUGGAGAAAACCAAAGCGCAGAGGAUGAACUCCGCAGAGAGAUUAGUAAGGAAAUGUUUAAAGAAAUGGAGAUCAUCGGUCAGUUUAACCUGGGUUUCAUCAUCACCAAGCUGAACUCGGACAUCUUUAUGAUCGAUCAGCACGCCAGCGAUGAGAAAUACAACUUUGAGAUGCUGCAGCAGCACACUGUGCUUCAGGGGCAGAAACUUAUCGUCCCACAGAAACUUCACCUCACUGCAGUCAGCGAGAACGUGCUCAUAGAGAACCUGGAGAUCUUCCAGAAGAACGGCUUUGAAUUUCAGAUCGAUGAGGAUGCUCAGGUGAUGGAGAGGGUGAAGCUGGUCUCUUUGCCCACCAGUAAAAACUGGACCUUCGGCCCGGCAGACAUUGAAGAGCUGAUCUUCAUGUUGACUGACAGCCCAGGCGUCAUGUGCCGCCCAUCCAGAGUCAGGCAGAUGUUUGCCUCUCGAGCGUGCAGGAAAUCAGUGAUGAUCGGGACGGCUCUAAGCGUCGGGGAGAUGAAGAAGCUCGUGCUUCACAUGGGGGAGAUCAAGCAUCCGUGGAACUGUCCUCACGGCAGGCCCACCAUGCGACACCUCGCCAACCUGGAAAUGAUCUCACAGGACUGACCCCAUGCAUCAACACU